AUUUUCUCCCUCCUCUGCAAUAUCUUUUUCCUCUGAUUCCCAGUCCUUUCAGUUUCCACUCUCACUCACUUAUUAGUCCUUUCGGACACACCCUCCCACACUCUCACGCACAAAAUAACUCGUAGAUCUGGCCCCGAAUCCACCGAAAAUCGGUUUAUUUUGAGCCACAGUGGAAAUGGCAGCUGUAGAAGCUGAAAAUCCUCAUCUUGGACAAAUUACGUGUGGGUCUUUACUGCAGCAGUUGCAGCAAAUCUGGGAUGAAGUUGGUGAAACUGAUGAGGAACGGGACAAAAUGCUUCUUCAGUUGGAGCAAGAGUGCUUGGAUGUAUACAAGAGAAAAGUUGACCAUGCUGUGAAGUCCAGGGCACACCUCCUUCAGACAUUGGCGGAUGCUAGAGUUGAACUUACCAACCUCCUAUCAGCCCUUGGAGAGAAGACCUAUGUCGGAAUUCCUGAGAAGACAUCAGGAACAAUAAAGGAACAGCUUGCAGCUAUAGCUCCUGCACUGGAAAAACUUUGGAAACAGAAGGAUGACAGGGUAAAAGAGUUCUCUGAUAUACAAUCUCAAAUACAGAAGAUAUGUGCAGAAAUUGCUGGAACUAGUGAGCCAGUGGAGAGUCCUGUAGUCGAUGAGUCAGAUCUAUCAACAAAGAAAUUAGAUGAAUUUCAUGCUCAGCUCCAAGACCUUCAGAAAGAAAAGAGUGAGAGGUUGCACAAGGUUCUUGAAUUUGUGAGCACUGUACAUGAUCUUUGUGCUGUUCUUGGCAUGGACUUUCUUAUGACAGUCACAGAAGUACAUCCAAGCCUAAAUGACUCUCGUGGUGUUCAGUCAAAAAGCAUAAGCAAUGAUACAUUAGCAAGAUUGGCUAAUACUGUUUUAGCACUGAAGGAAGAUAAGAAGAAGAGAUUGCAAAAGCUUCAAGAAUUGGCAACUCAGCUAAUUGACCUCUGGAAUUUGAUGGACACACCCACAGAAGAGCGCAGCCUUUCUGGUCAUGUUACUUGUAAUAUUUCAGCUUCAGUGGAUGAAGUUACUGUACCUGGGGCUCUUGCUUUGGACGUUAUUGAACAGGCUGAAGUGGAAGUCGAGAGGCUUGAUCAACUAAAAGCUAGCAGAAUGAAGGAAAUUGCCUUUAAGAAGCAAGCUGAGCUCGAAGAGAUAUUUGCUCAUGCUCACAUAGAGAUUGAUACUGAGGCUGCCAGAGAAAAAAUUUUGUCGAUUAUUGAUUCAGGGAAUUUCGAGCCUGUAGAGUUAUUGGCUGACAUGGAUAAUCAGAUAGUAAAAGCAAAAGAGGAGGCUGUGAGCAGGAAGGAUAUAUUGGAUAAGGUUGAGAAAUGGAUGUCUGCUUGUGAAGAAGAAAGCUGGCUUGAAGACUACAACAGGGAUGAGAACAGGUAUAAUGCUAGCAGAGGUGCGCAUUUGAAUCUAAAGCGGGCAGAAAAGGCAAGAAUCUUGGUCAAUAAAAUUCCAGCUCUUGUUGAUAGUUUAGUUGCCAAAACUCGUGCUUGGGAGCAAGAUCGGGGGGUAACAUUCACUUACGAUGGCGUUCCUCUACUCGCUAUGCUAGAUGAGUACGUAAUGCUCAGACAUGACAGGGAAGAGGAGAAAAAGAGGUUGAGGGACCAAAAGAAGUUGCACGAACAGCUGAAUAAAGAACCGGAUUCCCCGUUUGGUUCAACACCAAGUCCGGCCCGACAGCCGAGUACCAAGAAGGUGGUCGGCCCACGAGCCAACGGAGGUGCCAAUGGAAGUACCAGCAGACGGCUCUCUCUUAACGCUCAUCAGAAUGGUUCGCGGUCUGUAAAUAAAGAUGGGAGGAGAGACAGCAGACCAGGUGCUCCAGUGAACUAUGUCGCGAUGUCGAAAGAGGACGCAGCAUCGCACGUUUCUGGGACCGAACCUCUUCCAAACACACCCUGAAACCAAGAUCUUGAUUCGUCCCUAUAAUUAGGUGAUAACUUUUGUUGUAGAGUAGUGGUAGUAGGAAGGAGAUUUGUUUGAUAAGGGGGUUAUUUCAGGGUAGAGACUGUAUCAGAUGUUUUGUCUUUCAUAUUGAGGUUAACGAGAAGCUCUUUCAAUUAUUUCAGAAUUUUAAAAA